UGGUGUUAUACUCAGUCAGAAACGAAAAUGGCUGACCAAAUGAGCUGGUCGGUGAAUGCUAAUAAUUUGCCCGAUCUUGGGCCCGAUUUAUUAGCCACAACAGACAUAGAUAAUGGCGGAUUAAAUGAUGUAGAUGAUAUUUUACAGUAUAUUAACAGCGCUGAUCUGAAUGGAGGAUGUGAUCUAUUUGAUAGUCAGCUCGAUCAGUCGCAUCUUAAACAAGAAUCAGAGGUCCUGUGUUUUAAUGGUACACCAGUAUCCUAUGGAAAUGUUUCUAUACAACAUGAUGUUGACCUGAAUUCUCCACCCAUAGCUGGCCCAAUUUCUAAUCCUGCAGUACUAAAGCAAGAUGUGAACUUUGGUUUGAAUUCCCCACCAGUCUCCCUCCUUGUAAAGCAAGAACCAGUUACUCAUUACCCCGAAAAUAAACUGUAUAAUGCUCUAGAUGUUUUGGAAAAUCUUAACUCCACAGCUUUGAGAAGCAUUCUAGAAUUGAGUGAAAAGACUGGACCAGAAAGUACGUUCAGUACAUCAGCUGCCAAACUUCAGGCAGUAGUACAGCAAGCUCAGCUUGUCACACAACAAAAACAACAAAUACAGAGACAGCAGCAAUUACAGGCACAACAGGCAGCUGUCCGUCUUCAAAAUCAACAGGUGACAGUCUCACCACCUACUCCCAAAACACAACAACAGUUGAAAUUAAUUUUACAACAACCCUUGGUCACAAGUAAUGGACAAACACGAUCUACGCAGGUUGCACCAAAUACGGUUGUUAAGCAGCAGCAACAACCACAACAAACAGUUACUCAGACAAAUAACUCCAUUAGUGUUCAACAAUUACAGCAGCUUUUACUGCAAAAUCAAGUCAAUGCUUCGGUAAAUUCAACAUCAGCACCUAGUAAUAUUGUUACCUUGUCCAGUACACCCACAGUUACAUCGUCUGGCAUCAGUUCAACUCCUCUACAAACCAUAGUAUCCAGCUGUGGCAAUACCAUAUUAACCAGUAUACCGGUACAAGUUGUCGACAAUGAAAAAGUACCCAUUAAUCGCCUUAAUUCUGUUCCAAAGAUGAAAGGAAGGGGAGAGAAACGCACUGCCCAUAAUGCCAUAGAAAAAAGAUAUCGUCUCAGUAUAAAUGAUAAAAUAAUUGAAUUAAAAGAUCUCGUUGCAGGCAAAGAAGCUAAGUUGAAUAAGUCUGCCAUAUUGAGAAAAGCUAUAGAUUAUGUGAGAUACAUGCAAGCUUCUAAUGCUCGACUGAAACAGGAAAAUAUGGCGUUGAGAAUGGCAGCACAAAAACAAAAUUUAGAAGAGUUGUUAUCGAUACCAAGAGAUAUGGGAGAUGCAAGUGGUAUGCCAUUGACCCCUCCAUCCUCGGAUCAUAGUUCACCAAGUCACAGUCCACAUACCUUUGACAGUGAUUCCUCACCUAAUAGUCCACUCUUUGAUGACUCACCAGGUUCACCCAUGGAUAGCUCUAAUGAAGACAGUUUUGAUCAGUCAGGAAUGUUGGAUCGAUCAAGAAUGGUUCUAUGUGUGUUCAUGUUUGCUGUCCUUGCUUUUAAUCCAUUUAACGCUGUUUUCAAAAGUGGAAUUGGGCAAAAGUUUUCAUCAAAUGUUGGACAUUCUGGAAGAACUUUACAAGGCAUAGAAGAUUCUGAUGUAGCAAGUUGGUAUGAUUGGAUGUUACCUACUGUGUUUCUCUGGUUAAUGAAUGGUAUUGUUGUUGUUGGUGUAUUGGCCAAGUUGUUUAUUUUCGGUGAACCAGUCACUAAUAAAGAAAGUAGUGCAACUGUUUCAUACUGGCGUCAUAGGAAACAAGCAGAUGUAGACAUAUCACGAGCAGAUUAUUCAGCAGCUAUCAGCCAACUACGAUUAUGUCUUCUAGCUUUGGGUCGUCCUCUACCAACCUCCAAGUUUGAUGUGUUUAGUAGUCUAUUAUGGCAGUCAUUCAGACAGUUACUACAUAGACUGUAUCUUGGUAAAUGGCUGUGUGGUAAAGCUGGAGGUUUAUUCAGUCGUGUCUCGUCUGAUGACAUUAAAUUAUCGGCUAAAAAUGCUGCCUGGGCUUACCAUAAACUAAAUCAACUUAAUCUAUGUGGUCAUUCCAAAAGAGGUACAAUGUGGGGUUUAAACUUGGCUAUAUCAUCAGUGAACAUGGCUGAAGCAGCAAAAGAUAGUAUUUUGAGAAUGGAGUUGGCUGAAAUUUAUUGCACUACUGCUCUGCAAGUUAGAAAUGCCUUCACCAAUAAAGUCAUGUUUGUGGCAAGAUAUUUCUUGAGUCGUGCACGACAUGUAUGUGCUGGUCAUAAUGAUGAAAUCCCUUCCAGCAUACAAUGGUUGUGUCAACCUGAAGGACACCGCUUCUUCAUCGAUUCUAAUUGGUCCUUAAAACGACAAGAAACUAUUCUAUCUAGUCAUCAGAAUAAUGUUGAUCCGUUAGUUAGAGUAAGCCAGGCCUAUAGAGAAGAAUUAUUUGAGAAAGCUCUAUAUUCUCUUGUAUCACCUAAAGUACCAGGAAGAACUGGUAAUUUGUCGGAUACAAUGCAGUAUGCCCAACUAUUAGAAGAAUGUUCUACUGAAAGAGGAAAAGAGAGUAUAAGUGAUAUAUGUCAAGCUAUAGAAAUUGAUGAAACUGCUAAAUGGUGGUCAGCUGUUGUUGGUGUAGCAUAUUAUUGGUUAAUGGGAGAUGAUGAAAAUGCUUCACGUUACUACUCCAUUUUGGAUGUUUUCCCUAAACGACUACAAACAACAGAUGAUCCUUUACCAAGAGCUGUUUUAUUUGCAUUUAAAGCUAGAAAGAGUUUGAUCAUUCAGCCCAGCACAUUAAAUGGUUCUGCAUGUAUCAGACAAUGUGAUCGUGCUGGCCGUUUAUUAAGAGAAAGUCUUAAAUUAACCUACUUGUCAGAAAAUGUGGAUAUUAUCAAAGCAUUACAGCUAUUACUAUGUGAUUGGUUAUUGACAACAAGAACAGAGAUAUGGGAGCUUAGUAAAAAUGGUAAUGAUGGUACUACAAGAAGAGCUUCACAAACUGAGCUUAUUGCUUUCCAACAAGACCUGGCUAGUCUUCGUAAAUUAUCACAAAAUAUGAAAAUAGCUUUAUCAAAGGUGUUUUUACAUGAAGCUACUGGUAGAAUGAUGGCAGGUGCUAGUCCCGCCAGAACACAACAAUUAUUAGACUGUAGUAUUAGACGCAGAGUAAAACUACCAGUUGAAGAAUCUUCUUCAGAUGCCGAAAGCGACAUUCCUGAAAGAGAACAAGCUACUGCGCUCCUUAUGGCUGGACGUCAUUUACCAGAAGAACUUGUAUCCAGUAUGUCGGAUAGAGUUAAUCUUAUCAAUGAAGCACAGCGCAUGUAUGAAGUACUCGGUGAUAAAAAAUCUGUCCAGACCUGUCGAAAAACCUUAAUUGACAUGAAAGAAAAUGUACAAAAUAUUAAUGAAAUCCCAGUCAGUUAAAGAAAUCAUUAAUCAAUCAUCUCUCAUUAGUUCCGUUAUAUUCUGUUCAACCGUUUAAAAAUAUUUUGUAAUUUUUCUGCUAGGAGUAAAAUACACAAAAAUAUUUAUUUUCAAUUCAAAUUUUGUUAUGUUCUGUUACUAGAAGUUAUAUUUUUGUUUAGUUUUAAAAUUGAAUGUUUUUGCAUUUCUGAAACAUUAAUUUAUGUUAUUAUUUAUUGUAAGAUGUCAUUUUGUAAAUAUUUCAUUAAUCAGAUGUAAAUUAUUUUGUCUAGUAAAGAAAUAGAUUGUAUGGAUGAAUUUUGAUAAUGAUGAGUUGAGAAUAAUGUGAUAAUAAAAUUAAUAAUGUCUUGUAUUAAAAUCA